AUGACUGCUCAAGUUAUCUGCUAUCCGAUUUUGGGUCAGAUCACAGUUGUUGCGGAGAAACAGGUUAACGUCACAGUUGCGUUGUUUCCGCAUGACGGUGAAGAAACCAACUGGGAAGUAGCAUUAUGGUAUGGCUCGAAGGAUAUGAGCUGGAAACAGCUUGAUCUCACCAGAAGUGAUGAUAAUAUACCAAUACUUGCUGCAGACACUCAAAACUUAGUCUUGUUCUUCUCAAACACUCUGCAACGGCAAUCAUUGAAUGAACAACAUGUCUGUUAUACCAUCAAGUACAGAAGAAGCGGAGAGUCGGCCUGGAGAUGGGUGAAUGAUGAUCCCGAUCCCGUUGGUGAUGCAGAAAUCAUUUUCCAGGAACCAUUAGCUACUUUACAGUUGUCUUCUAUUGAGGAAUAUAUCUCCAACUUGUCAGGUGAUUUCCACGUCAAGUAUCAUGGACAGCAUAAAGUAUCUGAUUCACCCACAUGGACUUUGACGUGUCCGAUACCUGCUUUAGUCACUUCAGCUACCGAACCAAGUGUCCAACGAAUUACCUUUGGAUUCCCAAAGGAUACAGUUCAAUAUUUUGCACUCGUCAAACGAAUGAAUUUCUGGCUAGUACCACGUCAUGGCGGAUCUAAAUUUGACUUGGGUGAAGACGAUUGUCAAUUCUAUACCAAAGAUGCGGAACCAAAAGCGAUUCUGGUAUCUUUUUUAAGAAAUGAUAGGAUGCAUUUUGUAAUGCUUGCGUUGAGUAUGAAUGGUGUUGUAACGACACUGACAUCUGGUGAGAAUGGGACUAUCACUCUUAUAGGAAAGAAUGAGAACGAAGGGAAAAGAGAUGGAAUUGUGAUUUGUGCCGUAGGCAAAACUGAAGAGGAGGCUAUCACGGCUGCAAUGAACCAUGCAAAAAGGGUUGUUCGAGAAAGCUUGAAUGCAGAGCAUAUUACGAGCGGAAGGGUCGAGAAAUCUCUAGUUCCUGAACACAAGAAAAGUUUCCACGACGAGCUGGUAUAUUGUACAUGGAAUUCUCUCGGGCCCACCGUGACAUCUACUACUCUUUUCGCCGCGCUUGAUGAUCUGGAUCAAUCAUCAAUCUACCCAUCUACACUCAUAAUAGACGAUGGAUGGCAAUCCAUAACACCGUUCGGGUCCGAAACUUUCCCAAAUCAACAUCGUUGGUCAAGAUUCGAAGCUUCAUCAACAUCCUUCCCAGAAGGUCUUACCAAGCUCUCACUAGAGAUUAGAAAAUCUUAUCCCUGGAUCAAAAACAUUGGAAUUUGGCACGGUAUCUUUGGAUAUUGGGGAGGUAUUGAUCCUGAAAGUGAGCUUGGGAGGAAGUAUAAGUUGCGAUGGGUAGAAAUCAAUAAUUCGCGACGCAGUGGAAUGUGGGUCAUAGAUGCUUGCGAUGUGAAAAGAUUCUAUGAUGAUUUUUAUUCAUUUCUCAACAGCUGUGGUAUAAAUGCGGUCAAAUUGGACACUCAAGGGUUACUAGAUGAUCUCACAACUGCCAAAGACAGGAGAGAAUUAAUACCGGCCUAUCAAGAUGCAAUUCACGCAUCACUACUUUCUCAUUUCGAAGACAGAGUAAUAUCAUGCAUGUCUCAAUAUGCUACCAAUAUCUUCUCUCCUCAAAUACUACUCUCUGCAUCAACCCAUCCCACGAAUAAAAUCGCCAUGCGCAAUUCCGAUGAUUUUUGGCCCAACGAUCCCGCUACUCACGCAUUGGGAUAUGUUCCAAACCUCCUCCCACACCCCCACUACUCCACCUACCACGCCGCCGCACGCUCUCUCUCCGGCGGUCUCCUAUCCAUAACCGAUACGCCAUCUCAUCACAAUCCCUCUAUUAUCUCCCGCCUUUCCUGCACCCCCUUCCAAUCACGAUCCUCACCCCCAUCUCCCCCCAUCAUUCUACGCACCCACCCCGCAAAAUCCACAUCCGUAUACCCCAGCUCUCACUCUCAUCGCAUAUUAAAACUCGGCACCUCGACUCUCAAAACCAACAUCAAAGUCCUCGGAUUAUUCAACACUUUUUCUUCCGGUUCCAUCACCGAGAUCAUCGGACUUGAGGACUUUUUCCCUCUUGCCCAUUCCUCUCUCCACAGAGAAGAUCCCGCAGAAGAAAACCAAGAAGCUCAAGAAAAAGAAGAACAAUACAUCCUCCACAGUUCCUCAACCAACAAUCUCUCUCCCCCCGUUUUCCUCACAGCUCGAGGAACAAACACAAGUAAAUGCAUAAUCACAUUACCCAAUGCCGGAUGGGAAAUUCUCACCGCGUGUCCUCUCCACCUCCACCUCCAUCCCCAACCCCCACAACAAAAACCACAAACACGCACCCAAAAUCAACACAAUCCCCAACCCAACACCACCCCCACAAUCAACCUCGCCCUCCUCGGUCUCCUCAACAAAUUCGUCGGCGCGGCUGCAAUUCUCAAGAGUUCAUUUUCAUUUUCUCUAAUUCCUGCAACUUUAACUUCAACCUCCACCUCAACCUCCACCUCGACCUCCUCACCCCCCCUCCAAACCCUCAAUUUCCACAUCCAACUAAAAGGCACCGGCAUCCUCGGUCUAUACAUCUCUCCUCCCUCCCCCUCCCCCUCCCCCAAAAUCCCCUCCCCCAAACUCUCAACCCUCCACAUCUCCCACCACAAUAUCUCACCUCUCCUCCCGCACCACACCAAAAUCGAAUAUUUACCCCAUGCGCGCGGAUACAUGGUUUCGAUUGAUUUACCUUCCAUCUUGGAUAUACGUUCGAGUUGUGGUUCUGAUUUUGAUCACGAUUUUGACUCUGGGAGGAAGGGUGAGGGUAUGGGCGAUGGGGAUUUGUUUGUGCUUGAUGGGGAUGAGGAUGGCGAUGGGGAUGGUGAAAGUGAAAGCGAAAGUGAGAGGGAGGGAGUACUGGUUGAUAUUGGAAUUUUGGUGUAA